ACUGUGUCUUGGAGCAAGGAACUAAGGUGCUCAUUCCAGUCAUGGGACUCCAUUAUGACAGGAAAUUCUUCCGAAACCCGGAGAAAUUCGACCCGGAGCACUUCUCUGAGGAGCAGAAGGCAUCCAGGCAUCCCUACAGCUAUCUACCCUUUGGCGAAGGGCCACGCAUCUGCAUUGGGAUGCGUUUUGGGUUGACGCAGGUGAAGGUGGCGCUGGUACAUCUGCUAUCAAAAUUUGACUUUCUGCCCGUCGGAGACAAGCAGUCGAAGGUACGCAUAGCUCCAAACAACAUCUUGUUGACACCAAUUGGCGGAAUCGACCUGAGGGUGGAACGUCGUCGAAUGGCUGCGUGCUGAAGAUGAGGCUGAAAUUGAAGCUGAAGCAACGUUGGAAAGCUCAGCAAGACUGUCUGCACACCCUCCACUAGCAUCCCUUGAGAACCGGAUCCCACAAAUAACCCUGUGUCGUGACGGAAAAGUA